UAUUGACUUUAGAGGGUGUGUGGUUUCCUAGCUAUGUAUGUGUACAAGCCACAUGAAUCUUCUAAAUGUCUUAGCCUGACCUAAACAGCAAGCAUAUAUAGAACAUGUUAGAUUUGACAUUAGCUAGCUACUUUUAGCUAGUCUUGCGAACGACGACGUCACUCCAGGAAAUUGAGACUACGGAGUAGGGAGCAAGUCAAGUGCAAACACGUGCCAGGGUCCGGGUCACAUUGUAACCAGACAAAUUCUCAAUAUCACACACCUGGAUGUACACAUUGUAUUUAAGUGUGUAACUGCUGAAUAUUCUUGCAGUCUACCUUGACCGAUUUGUUUUAAGAGUUGGGACCCACUGUCGAACAUUUCUAAAUAUCCUUGGCGCUUCCUGGCCGGUGCCACAUGCCAGUCAACAUUCUGUUGCUAUCAUCUGCUCUGGGUGGGAAGUUUUUAUUUUAAUUACUAGUUGCAGCAGCAACCAACAUCAUACUUUAUUAGUGCACAGCUGACUGAAGAUAUCUGGUCUGAUGAUUGGAUGAACUGUUAGCUUACCAAGAUGAUGGAUCCUGGACAGGAUUUGCUCUUGGCAGCCCUGAGCGAGAGCGGAAUCUGCCCUAACGACCUGUUCGACUUUGACCCUCAGGAUGCUGCUCUUCCCUCUCCCACCCCACAGUCCAUCUCCAUCAGUGCCCUGGGUGUUGGCUCAGGGGUGGAGGCAAUGGCUCCACCCACACCUGCAGUCUCAAUCAGGCACAAGCCUCAGCCCUCAACUACCACAUUUGUCUUAAAUCAACUGAAUCAGUUGCCAUCACUGGGAACAAUUGUUGUGACCAAGCCCUCAACUGGAGGCACGGCCAGACACACCAUCACAGUCACUAAGGUGGUCCAUUCAGCUCCCUCAGCCCUGCGGGGAUCCUCUUCCACACUUACCUACUCCACUGCUCUCCCCUCCCCAGUCUCCACAGUGGUUCCUUCCAACAGAGAGCAGAUCCAGCUGAAGGACCUGUUGAGGACCGGCAGCACCAUGAAGAGCAGUAGUCUGGUGGAACUCAUGAGGCUCAAGCCACCGCCAGACAUCGCCCAGCCGGUCGCCACGGCAACAGCCACAGGCACCACGGAACUGAACAACGGGAUAAAGAAGGAGGUGUCAAGUAAAGAUGUCGCUCGGAUCUGGGUGAACGACGACAUGAAAGUGCGGAGCUUCUCACCUACACUAAAACUCCCAGGAAUGGAGGAGGAGGCUGAGGAAGAGGAGGAUGAAGAGUUGGGUCAUGCUGAGACAUACGCUGAGUACAUGCCUAUGAAAUUGAGGAUCGGGCUGCGUCACCCAGACCCAGUGGUGGAGACCAGCUCCCUGUCCAGUGUGAAGCCUCCAAACGUUUGGUACAGAAUGUCCAUACCAGAGGAGACUGUCGACCGCGGCUGGCUGUCUGCUCUGCAGCUGGAGGCCAUCACAUACGCUGCCCAGCAACAUGAGACAUUCCUCCCUAAUGGCGACCGAGCGUCCUAUCUGAUAGGAGACGGGGCCGGAGUAGGCAAGGGCCGGACCAUCGCUGGGAUCAUCUACGAGAACUACCUCCUCGGUAGAAAGAGGUCACUCUGGUUCAGUGUUUCUAAUGACCUGAAGUAUGAUGCGGAGAGGGAUCUGAAAGACAUAGGAGCCAAGAACAUUCAGGUCCAUUCACUAAACAAGUUUAAGUAUGGUAAGAUCUCGUCCAAACACAAUGGCAGUGUGAAGAAGGGGGUGAUCUUCGCUACGUACUCUUCUCUGAUCGGAGAGAGCCAGUCUGGAGGGAAGUACAAGACCCGCUUCAAACAGCUGCUCCACUGGUGUGGAGAGGACUUCGACGGAGUUAUUGUAUAUGACGAGUGUCACAAAGCCAAAAAUGUCUGUCCGAUCGGGUCAUCCAAACCCACCAAGACUGGACUGGCAGUCCUGGAGCUGCAGAACAAACUGCCCAAGGCACGGGUGGUGUACGCUAGUGCCACUGGUGCGUCUGAGCCCCGUAACAUGGCCUACAUGAACCGGCUGGGAAUCUGGGGAGAGGGGACACCUUUCAGGGAGUUCAGCAACUUUAUCCAGGCUGUGGAGCGCAGAGGUGUUGGUGCCAUGGAGAUAGUUGCCAUGGAUAUGAAGCUGAGGGGGAUGUACAUUGCCAGGCAGCUGAGUUUCACAGGUGUCACGUUCAAGAUUGAGGAGGUUCCCUUGACAACCCACUACAUCAAGAUGUACAACAAGUCUGUACGCCUGUGGGUGGCUGCGCGGGAGAAGUUCCAGGCGGCUGCUAACCUGAUGGAGGCAGAGCAGCGGAUGAAGAAGUCCAUGUGGGGUCAGUUCUGGUCGGCCCACCAGAGGUUCUUCAAGUACCUCUGCAUUGCCUCCAAGGUCCGCAGGGUGGUGCAGCUUGCCAGGGAGGAGGUCAAAAAUGGAAAGUGUGUCGUGAUUGGUCUUCAGUCGACAGGAGAGGCCAGAACACUGGAGGCCCUGGAGGAAGGGGGAGGAGAGCUGAACGACUUUGUUUCCACCGCAAAAGGUGUUCUGCAGUCCUUGAUAGAGAAGCACUUCCCUGCUCCAGACAGACAAAAGCUGUUCAGUCUGCUGGGCAUCGACCUGUCGGUCAAGAAGACGCCAUCGCCCAGCGAGGCCGCCGCAGAGCAAAAGGGCAAGAAGAGGAAAGCGGGUGCUGAGAUAAAGAAACCAGAGAAGCGGAAGAGAAAGUCUGGUGGUCUGUCAGGGAGCAGCUCUGACGACAGCGAAUCGGAGGAGUCUGAUAAGGAUGAUGCGGAGAGUGACGACAGCUUCAAGUCGGUCAGCUCAGGAGAAGAUGAUGAUGACUUCAACCCCUUCAAGGAUGAUUCCAGCGAGAAUGAGGAGGAUGACCCCUGGCUGUCUGGAAAGAGGAAAGAGGUGAAGAAAGGCAAGGAGAAGAUGAAUAAAAAGAAGAAAAAGAAGAAGAAGAGCAUUGACCCAGACUCUAUCCACAGUGCCUUGUUAGCCUCUGGUCUGGGCUCCAUCAGGCCUGCUUUUACCACCCCCAUAGUCAAGACCUCCAGCGCACCUGCCAUAGCCAAGGUAGAGGCAGAUGACAGCUGUAUGACCAGUCAGGAUGCUGUGGAAGAUGCUCAGCAGAUGAAGAGAGAUCUGUUGGACCAGCUGGAGAAGCUGGCUCAGGAUCUACCCCCCAACACUCUGGAUGAACUCAUAGACGAGCUGGGAGGACCGGACAAUGUGGCUGAGAUGACAGGCCGUAAAGGACGGGUGGUCAGUAACGACGACGGCAGCAUCUCUUACGAGUCCCGCUCUGAAUUGGAUGUUCCUGUGGAGAUCCUCAACCUCACAGAGAAACAGAGGUUCAUGGACGGAGAGAAAAACAUAGCCAUCAUCUCGGAGGCGGCUAGCUCCGGUAUCUCCCUGCAGGCUGACCGGCGGGUGAAGAACCAGAGGAGGAGGGUCCACAUGACCCUGGAGCUGCCCUGGAGUGCAGACAGAGCCAUACAGCAGUUUGGGAGGACCCACAGGUCUAACCAGGUGACAGCUCCAGAGUAUGUGUUCCUCAUCUCUGAGCUGGCUGGGGAACAGAGGUUUGCCUCCAUUGUGGCCAAGAGACUGGAGAGCCUGGGUGCCCUCACGCAUGGAGACAGAAGAGCAACAGAGACAAGGGAUCUCAGCAGGUUCAACUUUGACAACAAAUAUGGCAGAAAUGCACUGGAGAUCGUGAUGAAGUCUAUUGUCAACCUGGACUCUCCGUUAGUGAAUCCUCCUUCGGACUUCGAAGGGGAUUUCUACAAAGAGAUCCGUCAUGGGUUGAUCGGAGUGGGUCUGAUCAAUGUGGAGGACCGAUCAGGGAUUCUGUCUCUGGACAAAGACUACAACAACAUAGGGAAGUUCCUGAACCGUAUCCUAGGGAUGGCAGUGCAGGAGCAGAAUGCCCUGUUCCAGUACUUCUCUGACACUCUGGCAGCUGUCAUACAGAACGCCAAGAAGAACGGACGCUACGACAUGGGCAUCCUGGACCUGGGUUCUGGGGAUGAGAAGGUGAAGAAGAUUGAAGCCAAGAAGUUCCUGACCCCAGGCUACUCCACCUCAGGACAUGUGGAGCUCUACACGGUGAGUGUGGAGAGAGGCAUGUCCUGGGAGGAUGCCACCCAUGCCUGGGCCGAGCAGAGUGGACCAGAUGAUGGCUUCUAUGUACAGAUAAGGAACAACAAGAAGACGGCCAUCUUGGUGCAGGAGGUGAACAGUAAGAAGAGGCUGUUCCUGGUCUAUAGACCUAAUACGGGAAAACAGCUUAAACUGGAAGCCUAUGCUGACAUCAAGAAGAAGUGUAAAAAGGUGCUCUCAGAUGAUGCCAAACAGCACUGGAUUGACCAGUACAAGUCUUCAGCUGAGAUCUGCGCUCAUGCAUACUGGCGUGGUAACUGUAAGAAGGCGUCAGUGGGUCUGCAGUGUGAGGUGGGUCUGCGCUGCAGGACGUACUAUGUGCUGUGUGGCUCUGUGCUCAGCGUGUGGACCAAGGUGGAGGGGGUCCUGGCCUCCGUCAGCGGAACUAAUGUCAAGAUGCAAAUCGUCCGCCUCAGAACAGAGGACGGGCAGAGGAUCGUGGGCCUGAUCAUUCCAGCGAACUGCGUCUCUCCUCUGACCAACAUCCUGUCGUCAUCUGACCAGUCUCAGCAACUGGCUGUUCAGCAGCAGCAGAAGUGGCAGCAGCUGCACCCUCAGAGCCUCAGCCACGUACACAACACAUAGCAUGGGUUCAUCACCCAGUCCGACCUGAUGGGCUCCGACCCCAUCUCUGCCUCUAAGCCCUGGGUUCUUGACCCGACCUGAUGGGAUACGACCAUAUUUCUAUCUGGAUCUCCACCUCCGCACUGUGGCGUGACAGCAGCAGCACCACCCCCACCCCCCUUCUCCCUAGCUUCUUCUCCGUUCCUCCUGAGGAACCUGAGGUGCUGCGAGCGUUGAGUUGUGGUUCUCCCUGUAGCUUAACCGCGGUGGCAGUGUUAAGAUUUCAGGGUUUAUGUCCAAAGAAGAGACUGUCUCGCUUGAGGAGUUGGCUUGACUACUAUUAUUCCUCUGAGAUUCAGAGCUGAAGAUUUAGAAGAGGCUGUGGUGAUAAAGGGGGGAGAGGACGCAUGUCAGUGGAGAAGAGGCAUAAUUAUAACGCCUGACUGUGUUUCUGUUUUCUUUCCUCCCCCUCUAAGCUCUGUGUAAAUGUGCCCUGUGCUUUCUGUUGGUGACUUGUUCCUACCACUGCCUUCUGUACUGAAAGCUGGGGUGGGUGUCACCUAUGUUUUUGUUUUCUUCUGGUGACCGGUCAGGGGUUCGUUAAGCUUUAGUGACCUUUUUCUUUUUCAAGCCAACUGACAUUUUCUAAUCGGUCUACCUGAGAUGCAUGACACAUCAACUGCUUUCUUGCAUCAUUUUAGUAAUUCCUCAUGACUCAAGUCUUAAAAUGCCACCCUAUUCCCUAGAUAGCGCACUACCUGUACGUUGUGCACCAUAUAGCUAAUAGGGUGUUAUUUCAUUGACUAACAAGUGUAUCAAACAUGGGUGUAUCCCGUAAACCUGCAGUUGUUUUUACAGCUUGACUAUUAAGAACUGUGACCGUGUAUGGUUUAAAAUACCUGUUUAUUUUCCUAAAUUAAUUCCUCUGCAUUCAAAAGAUUUCUGGGCACGGCUGUUUUAAUAUGUGGCGUCAGAUUCAACAUCUUGCACUGUCAAACUCUACGGCAAACUACAGCAGAUAACAAUCCUGGAGUGGUAUUAUAUAACUGUACUGUGAAGGUCAUAGAUCUUGUUUGUCGAUACAAGCUGUUUAAUACUGCUACAGUAAAAGUUAGUAUUCAAGAAAGAGUUUGUUGCUGAAUUCCAAACCGACCACUUGCUUCUUUCUACCUCCUGUAUGUGCUGGUGUGGAUUGGAUAGGUGUAUCCAAUGUGGUAACGAUAGCACCUUGGAGGGUGAGGUGGAUCUCAUUAGCAUAUUCACUCAUAUCUAUCUGAUCCUUUAGAUAUCUAUGAAGUACCUAGAAGUCAGCGGUAUUGAGUUUUUGGGGGUUGGGCACUUGUUCCCUCACUGAUUCUGAACUGGAACCUAACCUCCAUUCUCCACCAGUCAGUAACAUUACUGCUUGGCCCCUGGUAAUUUUACAUCUGAUUUCAGUUUUUUCAUCACUUGAGACAUGAUGCACAGGGGGGGGCUGAAGAAUUUCUAAAAGCUUUUCUUGGUUUGGCGUGCUGUAAGAAGUUAUGACGGUCAGCCUGUUGAGUUUAGGAUACUCCUUUUGGUAUACCAAUGUGUAUAUUGUCAUAUCUGGAAAUAAGACGUUUUUUGCUUACAUAGUCGUUUGUUAAACACUUGGACAGUGUUUCAUCCUUGCACGAGUUGCACUUCGGACUGAUUUGUACAAAUAAUCUGUAUUAAAUGAUUUAACUGAGUGCAAGAUUUCUACCUCUUGCAUAUGACCAAUAAAUCCAAGGAGAAAGUUUGAA